UCGACUUCACUUCUUAACCACGCCACACUAUCCCUUCACUGGUCUGCCGAUCUAAAGAUGUCGCUAGUGUCGGGCCCUGGCAGGGGUGGUGGGGGCUCGAGUAGUCAGAGCGAGUUGUGCACAGACAAACAUGUGGCCUACAUCAAAAGCUUAGACACUCGCAGAGAUGAGCUCGAGUAUUGGUAUACUGAGCAUCUUCGUAUGAAUGGUGUCUAUUGGGGCCUGCAUGCCUUGCAUUUGAUGAACCACCCAGAAGCACUACCAAGACAAGAAACGGUUGAUUUUAUCCUCUCCUGCCAGAACGGAGACGGAGGGUUUGGAGCUGCGCCGGGUCAUGAUUCUCACAUGUUAUAUACAGCAUCCGCAGUGCAGAUGCUCGUCAUGGUCGAUGCUGUAGAUGAUCUCGACAAGUCAGGUCGCGAUGGGAAGCAGAGGGUUGUGUCAUUCAUUUCCUCCUUGCAAGAUCGCGAGUCUGGCGUCUUCAAAGGGGACGAAUGGGGAGAGACCGACACUCGCUUUGUGUAUACCGCUCUCCUUGCUCUGUCCCUUCUGGGCAAGCUGGACGAAGUUGAGGUUGACAAGGCGAUAUCCUAUAUUCAACAGUGCGAAAAUCUGGACGGAGGAUAUGGUGUUCGCCCUGGUCAUGAAUCCCACUCGGGCCAGAUCCUGACGUGUGUCGCUGCUCUGGCUAUCGUUGGACGACUUGACUUGAUCGAUAAGGAUCGCCUAGGGACAUGGCUCAGUGAGCGGCAGCUGGAGAGUGGUGGUCUCAAUGGCCGACCCGAGAAGCUCGAGGAUGUCUGCUAUAGCUGGUGGGUGGCUGCGAGCUUGGACAUAAUUGGGCGUUUGCAUUGGAUCGAUCGCCAGAAACUCGAGGCUUUCAUUCUGCGAUGCCAGGACCCAGAUGAAGGUGGAAUUGCUGACCAGCCUGGGAAUAUGGUCGAUGUAUUUCACACGCACUUUGGAAUUGCUGGGCUGAGUUUGCUGCAUUAUCCAGGGUUGCAAGAAAUUGACCCUGUGUAUUGUAUGCCCAAAGAGAUAACGAAGAACUGGUUUGCAAGGUAGAAUUAGUAGUACCAUUCCUCUAGCUCUCACCUCCCAGUAUUCACUGAAGAUAGGAUACUGGGAUACAAAUAAGGGGAUAAUAACGAUCGCCUCCGGAUGUCUGAUUGGCAGCAUUACGCUUGGUCAGCUUUAACAUCUAGCCUUUAGACAUGCAUCAGGUAACACCUAGGUGAUAAUAAUGAAAGUUCAGUGCUGGAUGAAUGAAAGAACCAAUCAAUCAAAUACUGUGAACCGAUGAUGUCUCUUGUUGAUAGGCUGGAGUUCUUG